GCGAUCGCUGUAACGACCUGGUGUGUGUACGAUGAUGCGCGUCACGGACGUCGUAACCGAAAUGGAUUGGGACAAGGUCAUUGAUACCUUGAACUGCAUGUUUAAACUCUCUCGACUUAACAACGAGAUAAAGAGCAUGAAACACGAAAACGAAUUGAUAUCCCGUUUGUUGCGCAAUCAGGAGGUUAUGAAAUUUGUGUCCUUGUGGCUGAAAGAUCUCUAUAACGUGAAAGACAAGAGGAAACAACGGAAAAACUUGGAGAUAUCAACAGCUUUCAAGUUAGCUGGGAACAAAGAGUUUCAGUCAAAAAACUAUGUCGCAUCUUUGGAAUUGUAUACGAAGAGUGCACUAUACGCUCCCUCAAAUAGUAUAGAUUUGUCGAUAGCAAUUGCAAAUAGAUCAGCCUCUCUAUUCUACCUGGACAGAUGGCAGGAUUGCAUCAAUGAUAUCAAGUUGGCGAUUAGAUUGGGCUAUCCUGAUAAUUUACGUUACAAAUUACAUCUACGUGCAGCUCAAUGUUAUAUAAAAUUAGGCAACAGAAGAGCAGCUGUUGAAACUGUUUUACAAAUACAUAGCACAUUGAAUGAGCGUAAUAUGCCAGAUGAAAAAAAAGAACGAUUACAAAGGCAAGUGAAUGACAUAACAUCGAAAAUAUCAUGUAUGGAAGACGAUACAGAUGAUACUACAGAUACUACCGAAUUUCCUUCACAGCCUGAGGUCGCAUAUGGUGAAAACCCUAAUUUUCGAUUUGCAUCAGCGGCUAUAGAAGUAAAAUACACUGCUGAAAAAGGCAGACACGUCAUAGCUAAUAAAGAUAUCAAAAGGGGUCAGGUUCUAUUCGUUGAAAAGGCAUUCGCUUUUGUUCCAUUAUCUCACAUUAAAGAUAUUUGUUACAAUUGUUGUCGUUCAUGCAAUGAUACUCCUGUACCGUGUACAGAAUGUGUCGACAGUACAUAUUGCAAUAUAAAUUGUUGGGACGCAGCUUCGUCUUGCCAUCGUUGGGAAUGUCUCGGCAAUCAAAUGGGUCUGUGGUCGCAGAUUGGAAUAGCAUAUCUAGCUGUAAGAACAUUAUUUAAAUGUAUAACUGCAACUGAUGAUAACAAACUCAAUGAAGUACAAAAGCUAGUGACUAAUUUUUCCAAACUUGCACCAUGCGACAUUAUUUCUUAUGGAAUUACGGCAAUUAUGCUUAUGAUGUAUCUAUCAAAGUACACAGAUUUUUUUAAAGCUAUCAAUCUUAAAGAGUGUUUAGUAUCAAAACUCUCUAACGAUUUCAACUGUGACCUCGCGACAGAGGGUGAUGAACGAUUGUAUGUAAGUUCUCUACUGUUGAGAUACAUAUUACAACUUAUUUCUAAUGGGCAUGCUAUCACAAAGAUAAACGCGAUAGCAGAUAAUAAUGAAAAUAAACUCCUCAUUCAACAACAAGAUAGAAUAGCUACAGCAAUUUAUCCUUCUGCAAGUAUGAUGAAUCAUUCUUGUGAUCCUAAUAUAAUUAAUAGCUUUUUAGGACAAAUUUUAAUAACUAAAGCAACACGAGAUAUUGCGGCGGGUGAAGAAGUUUUUAAUUGUUAUGGGGCUGACUUUAGAAGGAUGUUGAAAAAAGAAAGACAAGAAAAAAUAGAAAGUCAAUACUGCUUUAAGUGCAAUUGUGCAGCAUGUACUAUACCAGAAUAUGAUGAUGUUUUGAAAAAAUUUACUGCGAUGAAAUGUCCUGAAUGCAGUGGACCAUUGAUUGAUAAUCGCCAAGCUUACAUGUCCUGUACGGAUUGUGGAACAACAGUCUACCAUGAUACUUAUGAUUUUACGUUGAUGCAAGCUCAACAGUAUUUUGUCAAAGCAGAAAUGUGCAUAGAAGAUGAAAAGUACGAAGAGGCAUUGGCAAAACUGAAAGAAUGUUUGCUUCUUAGAAAAGGUGCAUUAUAUAAGUAUCACGAAAAUAUUGCCACCACUAUGGAUCUCAUAGCAAAGGUGUACGCUAUUACGGGACAAUGGCUAAAUUCGAUUUCGUAUCUCGAACAUAGUCUUGUAGUGAUUGAAGAAAGAUAUGGUUCUUGUAGUAUUGAAGUUUGCAAUGAAAUAAACAAAUUAACGGAUAUAUGCCUACAAUACUUACAGGAGGAAUCUAAUACAUCAUCAAAAUUUUACAAAAACGUGUUGAAAAAAACACGACGAUAUCUAAAUCGUGCUCAAGAAAUUAUAGAUCUCACAUAUGGUCCAUGGAACGAAGUUUACCGCGAAAUUGCUGUAAAAAAGGAGAUUCUUUCUUCUAUUUUAAAAAAUUUUAACGUCUGAUAUUUAUAUAAACAAUCUGUAAUGUUUAAGCAAGAGCGUUUAUACGCCUUCCUAUAUAUACUUCUCGAAUGCAUAAAAAAUAAUUACAUCAUUGAUCUUUUAAUCUAUACAUUUUUUAAAUGUAUUUUUAAUAUAUUAUUUAUAAUCUAUUUAUCAGAAGUAGCAAUGAUCAAAGCAAAUGAUUUUAAGAUAUAUCAAAGUCAUAUAUAUGAUUGUGUAUAUUACCUCUUUUAUCCAUAACACUUGUAAGCUAAAUUGGAACUUGAAUAAAGAAUGUUUUUAAUAUAAUAA